AUGGUCAGACCGCUGGAUCUCUCAAGCGACGCGCCCGUUGCCCCGGGCCAUCCAGCUCCAGCGCCCUCAACCACCAGCCCUACCGCCGGCCGCGCUCCCAAGCGCCCUGCUCAAGCCAUAGGUACGCCCGUGAAGCGCCUGAAGUCGCAGCCUCUCGGCCCGCAAGCCCUCAAUGGCCCGCACCCCGCACAGCCUGCUCAAGCCGGCAGCCUGCCAUUGCAGCAGCCCGUCUCCACCGACCAGAGCAAUGCCUUCGCCGUGAACUACACCCCAACGGCCACCACGGGCCCCGAGAGCUUCGUGGCGCCUUUUGGCGCUGGCUGGAACCAGAUGUCGGGCAGCUACUACGACAACGGCUUCGCCGUGCCCUUGGCCCAACAGCCCUUUGCGCCCUCCUACGACGCGCAGUUUGUCACACAACAGUCGCCCAUUUACAGCGAGCCAUACUCGCCAGCGUCAGAAGUGAAUCCAGAGCUGGUGAAAACCUUGCCCGCGCUGGACAACCUGUCGGGCCGAGUCCUGGCCACCCUCGGCCAGCAUUCCUUUCAGGACACGCUGAACGUCAUCAACAAGAUUGACACGCCGGCCGGCCAGGAGUAUGCUUCACUCAAAGAGCUUUUCGAGCAAAGCUUCAAACAAUACAGCCAAGGCAACUCGUUCAUAGAUGCGAAAGCCCUGCAUCUUGAUGGCCAACAGCACCUUCCCACCGUGCGCAAGGCCAACUUGGCAGCCUUUGUCAGCAGUAUAUUCGGCGGACAGGAGGUCAGCCUCAACGAGCUGAAUGAACACUUCCUGGACAUCUUCAUUCCCCUUGGUGGCAGGUUUUUGAAUUGGCACGGUGGUUUGUACGUGGAGCUCAAGACGCAGGCUUACAUCAAAGAGUUGAUGAAAGGUGAGAAACGCGAUGAGGUCAUGGGCCGAUUGUUUCCGGAGAAUCUCGCCGAGAAGAUGCUCGCGCGGCACCCUGACAUCAAGCAGCUCUUGCCCCCGGAGUUGGAGUUCGUGAAGUUUGCUCUUCAGCGACGACAGUCGCUCCUCGCCGAGGGCGACACGGUCGAGGCCCGAGUCCUACUUCCGAGGAAGCACGCAUGGAACGAUCUCCUCAAGGAGGUUAACAGCUGCAUUCAGAAGUAUAUGGACGGUGCCUCCGCCACCAGUCGCCAGAGUUCUCACUCGUCAAUGUACAGCAAUGCCGGUCCUCAGGGUAUAAGUCCCGGUGGCUAUUACUCUCAGCAGAUGCAGGAUGCGGUCGGCGGUAACUAUGAUGAGACAAUCACCAGAGCGGCGCUGAUGGCCCAUGCCGCGCUCCACGGGCAACAAUCUACCAGUAGUUCAGAUGCGCAGCCGAAUGUAUCUUUCUACCAAGCAUACCCUCAAGUCGCCCAGCAACACCAGCCAUCAUAUCCCACAAGCAAGGCACCGAACCCGCCGAGUCCGAUCGCAGUUCAAAGCGCGCCGACGCAGGUCCUGUAUGAUCGGGCGCGUUCGGCGUCGACUGUCCGCGCACCGCCCAACUCGCGGAAGCCAGGAGCGGCGAAUCAGCGGCGGCCUUGGAGUAUUGAGGAAGAGCGCGCGCUCAUGGAUGGUCUUGACCGCGUCAAAGGUCCUCACUGGAGCCAGAUCCUCGCUCUCUACGGCCCUGGAGGAACUAUAUCGGAGAUCCUCAAAGAUCGCAACCAGGUGCAGCUGAAAGACAAGGCACGGAAUUUGAAGCUCUUCUUUUUGAAGAGCGGAGUCGAAGUGCCUGUGUAUUUGCAGGGCGUUACGGGUGACUUGAAGACAAGGGCUCCUGCCCAAGCAGCGAAGCAAGAAGCUCAGGCGAAGCAGCGAAGGGAGGAGCAAGAGAACAAAAUGAGAGAACAGCGUGCGCAGAUGGAUGCAGCGACUGUAUUGGCAGCUGGCAGAUGGCCUGGUGCCGGAGAUGGGUUCUCCCAGAUGGGCUACCCUGGCCCACAAAGUCAUCCGGCGAUCGACCCUUCGCUCCGGACAACUGACGGACCCAGUAACGUUUAG